UUUCACCUUUCCUCACUGAGUGACCUCUAAUCGUACUAUCCCCACACCUGAGAGAUCCCUACGCACACAGUGAGCCAAAGGACACAAUCAGAACGUACGGACUUCUGCUCCACACGUAAAGUACGCUUCCUCAAGUCUUCAUUCGGGUUGUAAGCUGUUAGGAACGCGUUGUGUGUUUCCGUAGAAGGUAUGGCCGAAGAGGACUGCCGAGUGUUGUUGGUACAAAGCCACGUGGUGUCAGGAUAUGUGGGCAACAAAUCUGCCGUUUUCCCCUUACAGGUUCUUGGGUUUGAGGUGGAUUACAUCAACUCUGUACAAUUUUCCAACCACACAGGCUACAAGUGUUUUAAGGGUCAGGUUCUGAAUGCUGAUGAGCUGAAGGAACUGUUUGAUGGUCUGAAGUCCAACAACAUCAACAACUACAGCUACCUGGUGACAGGGUACAUUGGAUCCGUGUCAUUCUUAGAGGGGGUUCUUGAAAUGGUGAAGGAAUUUAAGAAGGUCAAGCCAGACCUAUUGUAUGUUUGUGACCCUGUGAUGGGAGACAGAGGCUUCAUGUAUGUUCCCAAAGAGCUGCUGCCUGUGUACCAGGAGAAGAUCAUCCCCCAUGCCGACCUCAUCACUCCAAACCAGUACGAGGCUGAGUUGUUGACUGGGUUGAGUAUUAAGACCAAAGCAGAUGCUAUCCAGGCCAUGGACAUGUUCCAUGAAAAGGGAGUGAAGUCAGUCGUCCUGUCCAGCUGUGAGUUUGACUCCAGCAGUACUCUGGUCCUGCUAGGCAGUCAGAUCAAUGUAAAAUUGGUGUGGCCUCAUGGAGGUAGUAUUUUCACUAGCGUUUGUGUGUGUGUGUGUCUGUCUGUCUGUGAACAAGAUAACUCAAGAACAGCUGGAUUAAUAUUGUUCCUAUUCCUUAAUUUUUUGUUGUUUUUGCUCCAGACUGCCUGUGAGAAGACCAUUGCCACAAUGCAGGCUGUUUUACAGAGGACAUUGGAUUAUGCACAAAAAGCAGCAGGUCCUGGUAACAAGGCCACCGCUGCUCAGCGAGAACUUCGUCUGGUCCAGAGCAAGAAGGACAUCGAGGAACCCUCCGUCACCUUAAAGGCCAAGUCUCUUUAACCCCCAACACACAUGUAGACAUCUGGCAGGACUCAAACAACUAACAUGAUGAUGUGAUGGACUGACAUGUUCUCACAUACAUUUGAUAUGAAAGUGGUUAUGGGCAAAACAACACAAAUAUCAGGGAUGAAGCUAUUGAUCACAUGUUGAUCAUUAUUGAUUAAAAUUUGGUUUAUCUUCAAGUCAAAACCAUAGAGUAAAUGUAAUUUCUCUGCCAAAGCAAUACUUCUGUAUACAUCUACUAGACUGUUAAAUGUUGCCAAAUGGUAGAUUUCCAACAGAUUCUUAACUCUUUUAAUUCCUCUACA